AUGCCUUCGCGUUGUGUCGUAUUUGGCUGUUCUAACACUUGUGAUCCGAAAAACGGUGUAAUACUUCACAAGAUUCCUUACGAUGGUGAUUCGAGGCCAGAGGCGAUAAAACGACGCAAGCGCUGGGUCGAUUUUGUUAAGCGCAAACGCGCUAAAUGGGAGCCUUCCAGUACAAGCUGCAUAUGCUCGAGGCAUUUUGAACUGGACGCCUUUGUUCGCAAAGUAAAUUUGCCUGGGCAAGAAACAACGUACAUUCUGUGGCUGAAAAAGAUGAAGUCGGUGUUUCAUCGUUUCCAACACUUUCGAUUGCAAAUGAAGGCGACGAAGAUAAUACAACAUCAAAGAGAACAGCAAGAGCGCUUAGACGCAAGGUGAGACACUAUUGAAAAACAUUCGCAUAUUUAUAAAUACGAUAUAAAUCUCACAAUAUUUCUAUUGAUUACCGCAAAAACCCCUUUUAUAGAUUACGAAAGAACAACAUGCAACAACCGCAGAAGAGCAACAAACAUCUAUGCCAUCUACAUCAACUGAGUUGGGAGAAAUAG